AUGGUCGCUAGAGCAUCUAAUAGUGGCGAAUUUCUUGGAGUUCGGGUGGCCCCAACAGCUCUGGUGGUUUCGUGCCUAUGUUUUGCAGAUGACACGUUGGUGUUUGGGAGAGAUACGGAGGAGUACGCACGGGUGCUAAAGAAUAUCUUGGGGAAAUAUGCCCGUGCAUCUAGACAGGAGAUCAACCAAGAAAAAUCGACAGUGUUUUUUAGCCCAAAUACUACUCAGGAGCGAAGAGUUGCAAUCCAUCAAAUCUUGGAAUUUCGAGUGGUGGAGAACCAGGAAAAAUAUUUAGGAUUGCCGGCGGCCAUUAGAAGGACAAAGAAGGAAAUUUUUGCAUAUCUCCGGGAUAGGUUGUGGUCCAAGAUUAAAGGGUGGGGCGAAAAACAAUUAUCGCGAGCGGGAAAAGAAGUCAUGAUCAAAGCAGUUCUACAAGCUAUCCCAUCGUUUGUGAUGGGAUGUUUUCUACUUCCAGAAGGCAUUAUAAACGACGUGGAGGCUGCAGUCAAACGGUAUAGGUGGGGUCAUGGGGGAAAUAGAGGUCUAGCGUGGGUAGCAUAG